AUGGCGCCUCCCUACCGAAUGGACCAAAUCGGAUCCCUCCUGCGCCCCGCAGAACUCCUCAAAGCACGGGACACUCUCUCCUCGCCCACGCGAAUGUACGACGUCUCCCGCGACCCGGAAAUCCAACGGGCCGAAAGAGCCGCCAUCGAAGCCGUCGUCGGGACCCAACUCCGCCUCUCCCUCCGCCCUAUCGUCUCGGGCGAGUACUGUCGACACAUCUUCUACGGUGGGUUCUUCGAGACGUUAUCCGGCAUGACGCCUGAACCGGACUUACCCAUCCCGGAGGCUUUCCGGAGCAAUUUCCCCACCACGACGGGUUUGAUGCGCAUGGGGGCGACGACGAGGGCGGCGGUGGUGUGCACGGGGCCGAUUGCGUGGCGGGGGAGUGCGUAUCUGGCGGAAUGGGAGAUGUUGAAAGCAGCCGUGUUGGGAGGGGGAGGGAGAGUAGAAGAUUUGAAAAUCACGAUGCCGGCGCCGAGUUAUCAGCAUAUCCAACUGAAACCGGGCACGGCUUUUACGCGAGAAUCGGGCUAUCGAACGGAUGCGGAGUAUUUCGAAGCUCUGGGCAGAGCCUAUACUGCCGAGAUCCAAGCUCUGUAUGAUGCCGGAUGCCGCAACAUCCAAAUCGACGAUCCACAUCUGACGUAUUUCUGCUCUUCGCAAUUCCUCGGGGGAUGUGAAAGGGAUGGCGUCGACGCGGAGGAACUGCUGGAUCUCUACCUGGCGUCUCAUAAUCAUUUCCUAGAAAAGAAGAAGAACCACCCCGGCAAGGAUCUGCAUAUGGGGAUGCAUCUCUGUCGAGGGAAUAUGAGUGGAUCCACGCAUUGGGUUUCCGGGAGCUAUGAUAAGAUUGCCGAAAAGUUGUUCACGAGGACGAAAUAUUCUACUUAUUAUCUGGAAUUCGAUGAUGCGGAGAGGAAUGGUGGGUUUGAGCCGUUGCGGGUCUUGCCCAAGGGGAAGAAUGUCGUUCUGGGGCUUGUGUCGACGAAGAAAGCUGAGCUUGAGGAUCGGGAGGGUUUGAAGGAGAAGAUUUAUCGGGCUGCGGAGGCGGUUGCGAAAGGUCAGAGUGUCUCGAAAGAGGAAGCAUUGGAUUCGUUGGCGGUUAGUCCGCAGUGUGGGUUUUCGAGUUCUUCGCUGGCGGGUGGGAAGGAUAUGACUAUGGAGAGGAUGUGGGAGAAGUUGGUGCUGGUGAGAGAUGUUGCGAGGCAGAUAUGGGGGAGCACUGUCUGA